CCGGCCGGCAGCAUGCCGCCCCCCGCCCGCUUCAGCGGCUCCCAGUUCAUGGCCCCCCCGGUCGCCAGCCCGGGAGGGCAGCUGAGCGCCAGCAUGCAGCUCCAGAAGCUGAACAACCAGUAUUUCAGCCACCACCCGUACCCCCACAGCCACUACAUGCCGGACUUGCACCCCGGCAGCCACCAGCUGAACGGCAGCAGCCAGCAGCAUUUCAGGGACUGCAACCCCAAUGGCUUGCCGCCCGCCGUCCCCCACGUCCCCGCAGCAAUGCUGCCGCCCAAUGUCAUAGACACUGACUUCAUCGACGAGGAGGUCCUCAUGUCCUUAGUCAUCGAAAUGGGGCUGGAUCGCAUCAAGGAGCUUCCCGAGCUGUGGUUGGGACAGAACGAGUUUGACUUCAUGACAGACUUCGUUUGCAAACAGCAGCCCAGCAGGGUGAGCUGCUGA